AUGUUGGCCAAGAGUGUACUUGUCGGGCUUCUCAGCCUCGCCCUCGCCGUUGAGGGUUCCGUCAUCGGUAGCCCCUUCGAAAAUGUCCUCACCGAGCGCGCGAGCCGAACCCUUCAAGUUCGACAGAACCGUAACGGUAACAAGAACGGCGGCAACCAAAACCAAAACCAGAACCAGAACCAGAACCAAAACAACGGCAACAACAACGCUGCUUCUGAGACUUGUUUGAGCGCCAAUGCCGUUCAGACUGGCAGUGCCGCCGAUGGUUCACAGGGUGCCUCCGCUGGCCAGGCAAACUCUGCCACGGAUGCUGCCAACUUCAUCAACUUCUGCUCUGGUGAGACUUUGACCAACGGUCUCCAGCAGAAGGGAGGUUCCUGCAACGGUAUUCCCAUGGGCAAGAUUCCAGCUCAGGCCAAGACGAUUUCUGCCGUCUUUGUCAACCCCCAGAACGGCGACAACAUUGCAGCCAACCAGGACUUUAGCAUCCAGGUCCAGGUCGCCAACUUGGCUGCUGGUACCUUUACCAACCCCGAUAGCACGUACUACUCGGCUCCUCAGGAUCUGGAUGGCUCUGGAAACGUUAUUGGCCACACUCACGUUGUCGUACAAGACACUGGCAACAGCUUGAACCCUACUACGCCUCUCGAUGGUACUCAGUUUGCCUUCUUCAAGGGUAUCAACGACGCUGGUAACGGAAAUGGUCUGCUCGCUGCUGAUGUUGCUGGUGGCCUGCCAGCUGGAAACUACCGCGUUUGCUCCAUGACCAGUGCUGCCAACCACCAGCCUGUCAUUAUGCCCAUCGCUCAGCGUGGUCCUCAGGAUGACUGUGUCCGAUUCACUGUUGGUGGCAACAACAACAACGCGAACAACAACAACGCCAACAACAAUGCGAACAACAACGCCAACCAGAACCAAAACCAGAACCAGAACCAGAACCAGAACCAGAACCAGAACCAGAACCAGAACCAGAACCAAAAUCAGAACCAGAACCAGAACCAGAACCAAGGCAAUGCGACAGCGGGGACGGGGUCGACAGUAAGCGCCGCGUUGGCCGGGAUUUCGGCUCCAGCGGUGACGGAUUCCGGCAAUGCCGACAGACCUUUUGAGGUCAAUGGCAACACGUUUGUCAACAAAGCUGCCGCGGUUCAACGUGCUUGCGAUAUCCAAAUGAACGGCUGCGCGGACGCUGUCAACGGCGGCAAGGCAAGUGGUGUCACUGUUUCUGACUGCCAAGCGCAGCAGCAGACGUGCAUUGCUUCGGCGUCUUAA